AUGAAUGCAGAUUUUGGGAUUCAAAUCGAAUCUCAUUCUGCUGCAAAUCUUCAAGUUCCCAGCUUCACCUUUGACCGGGCUCCCUUCGAUGGUGGUCUUGGCGGAUUGGAAAUCCAUCUUGCUGCCAAGAGUGAGCAUGACAGGAAACAUACCGAAAUCAACAAGAUGGAUUUCCAAUCUGCCAAGUGUACAGUGCUAUGCAGUAAGAGCAAAUCGAGACUACGACAGGUGAUUACCUAUAGAAACAUUAUGUGGUGGUGGUGGUGGUGGUGGUGGUGGAUAUGCCAAAUUCAACUUGAAAACCAGAUCAUUCCCACUCAUAUGGUUCUGCUAGUCGGAGCUAUGGUCACAAUUCAAUUCAACACGAAAGCCAAGGUUCACAGAUUAGGGGUUUAUUCGAAAAAGCUUUUCUUGAGCAAGGGGCUAGGUCCCGGCCUAUCGUGGCCAAACUCCCCCCACUUCCUCCACCGAUGUUCUGCAGGUCACAAGCGAUCUCAAUCUCUUGGUGCCGGUGCCGGUGCCGGUACCAUGAAAGCUGAUCUCAACAUCUUUUACGAUGCACCCAUUUAUCCUGGCUACAAGGAAGCAAAUCUUCUCCGGGGCCUGGAUACCGACUUGAUAGGUGGGGUUCGACGACUUGGCUAUAUGCCGGGUAACUCGAUCGCACCACCUCGACUUCUUCAGGUCCGGCGGCAGCAAAUUGAAGCUUUUGAAGAGAUUGAUAGAAACAGCAGCCUCGAAACAAUGGUUGCGGUUCUCUCGUGGACAUUCUUGAUCAUUCUCACUGCUAUGCCGAAUAAAGACCGCCCAGAUCAAGUGCUGGUCCAGGACGUGGCACGGCCACCAAUCAACGUUAUGACCGCCCAAGAGCGUGGUGUUUCCGCUCAAUACUUGAAUCGUCGCGGACGACGUGAUGCGCAAUUUGGACGAGACGUGGAUGAAUAA